AUGAAGGCUCGCUUGGAUGAGACGGAGGGCAAUUGGGCCACACAGCGCUAUCUGAAAGCCGAUGGUCGAGAAGUGAGUCGUGUUCUGGGCAGCUGCGCAGAGAGGCUGAAUGCGAGCACGUCGUCCCCACGCCGGCAAGACACCCUGUCCGCCGUUUAUCAUGUCAUCGCCGGCAAGGGUCGCUCGGAGGUCGGAGGCCAAACGCUGGAAUGGAAAGCGGGAGACACCUUCUGUGUACCCUCCUGGCAUGCCUACCAGCAUUUUGCCGAUGUGGGCGAGACGGUCUAUCUCUACCGCUUCGACGAUAAGCCGAUGAUCACGGCGCUGGGCUUCUAUCGGUCAGCUGAGGUUGAUACCGAGAAACUAAUCUCCGACUGA